AUGGAAGUGAGAGUUCAUGGGAGAGGACUCAUGGGGGAGAGGACUCAUGGGGGAGAGGACUCAUGUGGGAGAGGACUCAUGGGGAGAGGACUCAUGUGGGAGAGGACUCAUGGGGUGAGGACUCAUGGGGAGAGGACUCAUGGGGAGAGGACUCAUGGGGGAGAGGACUCAUGGGGAGAGGACUCAUGUGGGAGAGGACUCAUGGGGGAGAGGACUCAUGGGGAGAGGACUCAUGGGGAGAGGACUCAUGGGGAGAGGACUCAUGAGGAGAGGACUCAUGGGGAGAGGACUCAUGUGGGUGAGGACUCAUGGGGAGAGGACUCAUGGGGAGAGGACUCAUGGGGAGAGGACUCAUGA